AUGACGCUUUAUCCCCACGCCUACCCAAAGCAUAUGGACACAACUUACGUGCAUAUACUUCUACUCACACAUAAAUCUUCACACAAACACAACCUUUCUCCAAGGGAAACCAUUCCGAACCCGUGCACCGUUUUCGGAACACGGCUUUCCCCCACGCUACAAGUUCCACUUCGCCUUUGUUUCAUUCGCCGCAUGCUGCCCUUCCAACCCACUCAGAUCGGCUCCAUCUCGACUCUAGUCGCAGACGAUGCUAGUCAGUAG